AUGGCCUCGCAAGCUGGCAGCACUAUCUUCACGAAAUACACAAGGAGUAUCAGUGCAUCUGACGCUACCUCUGCGUACAGCACCACCACGCCAGUAGCAUCUCUACACCCGGACCGUCUCCUCGUCAAUGCAUCAUCAGCUGGUUCUCUAACCGACAACCUCGAGGAGGCGCCUCACGGUCGGGAGCAGGGCGGCGAGAUACAUGUUGUAUGUAUGGGAGAGGAGGAUGCCGAGGCUAGUUUGGCAGCGACCGAGGACGAGACCGAGCAUGAGACGGAGAUUGAGACGGAGGGUGAGAAGAAGCCGAGGAAGCAGAGGGAGCGGGAGCGUUUACACGACUUGACGGGAAACGGGGUGGAUGAGAUUGCUCACUCGAGAAAAACGUGGAAAUGGUAUGACAGAGUUCAUCGUUGUAGGUUGGUGGUCAACUGGGAGAUUGAGACUCUGAUUGUGGAGUUGAGUGUCGUUGCGAUGCGCUGCGAUUGGUGUGGGAGACAUGCAAUCCGGGCAAGACCGGAGAUGAUGUGA